AUGCAAUCCUCUUUCAUGUACAUCCUCUUUACUCUCUUGGCUCUUGCCGUGGUCUCUCUCCAAGCUUUGCCUCUCAACAAACGCGGUUAUUCCAUUCAACUUCGCUCUGGUACUGAAUUCUGUUCCUUUGUUCCUCCUCACGCAGGAGAUGAUGUCGGAGGCACCGAAAACGACGGUAUUCCCAUGUGUACUUCAUCUAACCUUGGUGGCCAACAAUUCCCUGCUGGCUUCAUUCAAUCCGCUCAUUACCUUAGUACCUCCAACUAUGUUCAAGUCACUGGUCGCAUUGAUCGUACCAAAUACAGCUUGAAGAGCUCUGAUGGUGGAGGACAAUACGAUAACAAGGAUAUCAGUGGCGUCACUUGUAAUGGCUACAAGUACUUUGUCAACUUGAUUGAACCUGAUGCUAACCAGUUCUGUAUCCGUUGUUGCAAGAGUCAAUCUGACUGUCGCUUGAGUAUCUCAACUGCUGGUUGUGAAACUAUUGUUCCAGGCAACUACAGUUAA